CCCUCGCCUCGCCUCGCCUCCCUCGCUCGAGAGCGCCGCCGGCUGCCUAGGGAGGAGAGACCGAGAGAACGUGAGCGCGAGCGGCGGCGGACGGAGAGGCGAGCAGAUCCACCGGCCGUGGACACGGGAUCGCGAUGGGGCGGCGGAUCCUGAACGACGCGCUGCGCACGAUGGUCAACGCGGACCGCCGGGGGAAGGCGACGGCGCUCCUCCAGCCCAUCUCCGGCGUCAUGGUCUCCUUCCUCAACAUCAUGAAGCACCGAGGGUAUAUCAAAAACUUUGAGGUCGUUGAUCCGCAUAGAGUUGGGAAAAUUAAUGUGGAGCUUCAUGGACGUAUCAAAGAUUGCAAAGCUCUUACUUACAGGCAAGACCUCAGAGCUAAGGAAAUAGAACAGUACAGAGUUCGGAUGCUCCCAACACGUCAGUGGGGCUAUGUUGUGAUUACUACUCCAAAUGGUGUUUUGGAUCACGAGGAAGCAAUCAGGCAGAACGUGGGUGGGCAGGUCCUUGGUUAUUUCCAUUGACAAGGAGCACCCUUCUCUAGCCGUGAAUGACAUUACUAGUGUUGUUAUUACUGAACCCAUUCUGUUUGGGUUUUGAGAGCAUGUUUGCUUUCCUUCAUGUCCAACAAGAAAUGCAAUAACAUGUCCGGCUCACGGCACUAGGAAAUGCUAGUUGUUAAACAGGAAGACUGUAAUUUUCAUUUGAACUGAUAUAUCUUGUACAUCUGUUGUGCCUGCUUGAGAUUCUAUGAUCCUGCUAGGAAUGGUAGCUCGUUCCUGUGGAGUCGUCAUGUAUGCCUUUUGGAGAUCAUUCCUUCCUGUAGCCUGUAGGGAGGGUUGAACACGCAUUGGCAGUUGGGUCAGCGUCUGGGCUGUUUGUUCCUGAGCUUGUUUUGCUUCGCCGCACCACCGGCAUCUUUGUUAGAACUGCACUCUUGUGUUUUCAUGAGUGAAAUUGUAAGGACAGUCCCAUUGACAU